AUGUCGCCUGACGUCGCCGACGAUGACGUCGAGCAACGCGAUGCGCGCGCGGACGCUCUGGCAACGAAGGACGGUGCAGAACACGGCGCGCGAGCGGUGAGCGAGUCGAUGGAAUCCCAGACACGCCUGGACGUGGACGUGGACGACGCUGAACGCACACAGAACGCGACGGACGUGGAAGAGGCGAAGAAAGUGGGUGAUGAGGAGGCGCGACGUGCGCUCGAGCGCGCGCCCGAUCGGGAACGGAGACUCGAGGCCGUGGUAAGAGACGAAGAAAUCAACGCGGAGGACGUUUUGAGCGACGAGGCGCCGCCGGGACUGGAAGACGAUGAAGAGACAGCGGACGGCGACUUAGAGGCGCGAGCGGUCGCAGCGGCGAUUUCAGGGGUGAGGAUCGACGGACGAGUGACUCGGACGUUCGGAGUUCUCAUCCCUAACACGACGACGACGGCUGCGUCAAACGAAAGUCAAAUUUCCAUAGCCAGGCGCCGAGCCAAGGCGAGCGCAUCUUUAGCGUGGCGCACGCGUCUCGAGUCCCUGGCGCCGGAUGAAUCGAGCGAUCAGGUGGAACGUACGAUAGACAUACGGGCGAGAACGUACGAGGAGACGACGAGCAAGUACAUAAACAUGAGCUAUUUUGAAAAGAGAGUGGCGCCGUUGAUGACGCACCCCGAUGGACGACGGAACGAUACGACGGCUCGCGUCGCUCGAUGGAUCUUUGGCGAGCAGUACAUCAAGAGAGAUGGUUUCGUCGACGAAGAGAGCGAUGAAGAGAUAGAAACGACCGGUGAGAAUAAGAUAGAGGACGAUGUGGAGAAGCAGAGCGAUAGGCCGGCGGAAUCCAACUCCGCGUGUGGAUGGUGUUUCGGCACGACGACGCCUACGAAAGUGGUCGAAAAGCCGGUGAUUGAGCACGCUGACGACGUUGAGUCAGAGUCAGAGCGUCGGAAGCCAAAGCCCAAGAAAUUUGAUAUCACCGUGGCAACGCAAGAUUUGCUUCACAAGCAGAAUGAGUGCGCUCGAUUAGAGGCGAGUUGCCUUCAAAUUUUUGCCGAUAUGAAGCGCACCGCUCGGGAUCUGCAAGGGACAUUUUCGCGGACGAUGAUGAAGACCGAUCCUCGCGCGAUUGAGCUGCAGAGCACAAUCAAGAUGAUGGAGAUAGAUCUGAAGAGGAUGCUGUUCAAUCGAGACGCGCUGCAAGUCGAAAUCUCAAAGCUUCAAAAGCAAAUAGCCGACGAUGAGAGUAUGAAAGCACCAGAAGUCGUCGUCGUGGAGAAGGAUGAGAUUUCUGAACUUUACGUGAACGAUCCUUUCGAGACAUUUGGCGGUCGCAACGGCGCGGCGCCUGUCGUUCUCUUCCUAGCCCUCGCGCCCUUGUACCUGUGGACACACUACGAGUGGACGCAAACCAACCGCGUCACAAAACUCUCACUCAAGCAACGCUCGAGCGAGGAAAACCCCAUAUCGAGCGUGUACUUUUACAAUCCCUUGAUGGUACCCGGAGCGUGCCGAUUACGCCUUUCGGCGAGUAACGUCGAGCUCUUCGCUCUGCUCUUGGCCGUGCAAAGCUUGGUGAGCUUCAAGAUCUGGGUCGCCUCUCAAUCCGUGUACGAGCAUGAAGAUUUCCUGACGACGUAUCAGUACAUGGUGAUCACGUCUUUCUUUUCAGUCGCGCGACCGUGCAACAACGCGACGAUUUACUCGUUGCGGAGAAGUAAGAGACGAGCGCGCGAGCGAUUCACGCAAACUCUUUGGAAGGAAGACGAGUACGAACGUGUGCCGAUCGACAGCACCAAACGACUAUUCGCUCCGAACGAGUUCAUCGGAACGAGCGAAGCUGCCUUUGACGUUGCCAGCGUAGAAGACCACGAGGAAUUCAGUAGUCGUCGGAAAAUCGAGCUGGAUGAGGAUGAAGCCAAGGAUUCGUUGAAAAUACGCAUCAUGACGGAACUUCGCGAGGAAGGAGGACGGUUUGACGACGCUUGGAGGCGCGAGGAGGAAUUCGACGAGCCGUCGACCUCAGACUCGGGAGGGAGCGGAGACGCGGAUAGAAGAACAAAUGCAUUUUCAGAAUACAUAAAAAGCUCGCUCACGGGCUCGGAAGCGGUUCUAGAAGAAGGCGACCCAAGAUACGAAGAGCUUCGAAAAGAAUACGUCUUGAAAGCUCGGGCAGAGCGUAAGGCAGAGCAAGGCCAGAGUGGCGCGCGUUCAAUCUUCGACGUUUCCGGCUCGCUCAAUUCACUCCUGUCUCGUGGCGAGGCGCAGACGGACACCGCACGUCCGAGUAUUACGCAGAAUCUCGAAGAGCAACAACAAUCACGUCUGAACAUUGACGAAGCGGAUUCGGUUCUGCGAGCGGUGUCUUUUAUGAGCGCGAAACAUAAAAAGAAGGCGGGUGGAGGGAAGAAAUAUUGGCCGAACGGCACCGCUCCCGCGGAUGAAUCAAAGGUCGCGCGCGCCGUCGCAGAUGACGACGACGCUGAAGGGUGA